AUGGUGCCACCUGAAGUUGGAUCCUUCAAGUGUGGAAAACACCGCGUAGCCAAGCAGCAAAACAACAUCGUUGACGUCGGUCAAGACAUGGGGGGCCUUGCACGCCUAUCGGGGCCACCAAUCACUUUGCCCGGCUUGAAGCCACGCCUCCCAACGUCGGCUAGUCGGCUAGUUGGCUCUGAUGCCGACGAACAUCUCCAGACGGUUGCUGGUCUGCUGCGCCACGAAACUCUUGCCGAAUGCGUCUGUACCCUCAGGUUUUGCCAAUACCACAUGUACCAAGAUGAACGCAGGGAAUGGCUAAAUGGCACAUGA